CAAAUAUGCAUUUCUUGGUGUCUAUAUUGACAUACAUCUUUCUCCUAAUUCAUCUAACAAACUUCUCAUUAGCGGUUCCGUUUCCUGCAAAGGUUCAUGUUAGGGAAGAAUUAUAUCAAAGCCUAUCUGGGGGUAAAGUCCAGCGCAGGGAUGCACCGUACAAGAUAACUGCGGAAGAUUGCAUACAAAAACGAUCCGGUGGCAUCAAGUUCUGUGCCAUGGGUCAUUACUUAUGCCAAUCGAAAUCGAAAGAGGUAGAGACCGAGGGUGCAAAAAUGUGGGAGGCGAUUGAUGACCCUGAACAGGAGAAGAAGUGCCCACAGAAGGGCUGGACUGGGAACAGUGAUAUCGUUAGAAUCCAGACCAAAUAAAGACAUGAUAAUUUUGUCAAACGA